CCUCAAAUCCCCUCCAUUAUUCCUGACAGUUAGCCUACCUUCACCCAAGUACCUUACCUCACCACCCAAUACAACCUCCAUAUCCUCCUUCAAAAUGCCUACCGGUAGCUGUUUCUGCGGAAACAUCAAGAUCGAAUACUCGGGCGAGCCUGCCAUGACUGCCCUCUGCCACUGCAGUGACUGCCGUAAAAUCAGCGGCGGCAACUACAGCAACAACAUUGUAGUCCCAUCUGCCAACUUCAGCAUCACAAGCGGCAAGCCCAAAGAGAUCAGCAAGACAGCCGACAGCGGCAAGUCCAUUACCAGCGGAUUCUGCCCCGACUGUGGCACCACUCUGUUCCGCUACGGCGACAGUUUCGGUGGUGUCGACGGCAUGAGAAUCAUCAAGGCCGGUAUCCUCGACGACGUCAACGUCAUUAACAGCAUCAAGCCCGGUGCAGAGCUGUUUUCUAAUGAGCGGGUCUCUUGGGUGUCGGCCGUUGAGGGUGCGGGUCAGGUCAAUAACAUGGGCUAA